AGCCGGCUCGGCUGCAGAUCUCAGGAGCAUGAUUCACGAUCUAUCUCUACCACUCUUUUCUUUCGGCAUGGCGUGGAAGGCGUCAUCGUUGCUCUUCAUGACCUGUGGGCUCGCACCUCGCUGUAAUGCUGAUGGUGUUAUUGUACCUGAGAAAGACCUCAUUGUUGUCACACCUGAGGGUUUGCGUUUCAGAAGAGUUUCUUCGAUGAAUGUGCUCGGCGUUGAUAUCCAAUCUGAGUUCAACGCUCCCACUCAUUCCGAGGUCGAUUUUCGUUUUUCCAUGGCACGUAAGAGUUUUUUUGGCAUGUCGAACUAUUUUCGAUGUUCAGCGGUGAGUAUUCGUGACAAGUUCUGGAGGUAUCAGGAGAAGGUACAGGGGAUUGCCAUGUACGGUAUUGAGGGUAUGACGCUCGAUAACCACUCUCUCCAGCGUAUGCACUCCUUCGAAGGAUUCUGUCUCUGCAAAAUGUUCACUUGUCCCAGGGGACCUGAGGAGGAUGUUUCCAUUUGGAGUCGGUGGAGGUAUGCGGAGGCUAGGAGGAAAUUUCAGGAGACGGGGUUCGCUUCCUUGGUGCAGAGGUUUCCUCGUGUUUCCUGGAUCCUGGCCAAAGACAUGUGUGAGUUUAUCCAUGUGCUCGAUGUGGAUAUAUAUGAUGAGUGGAGGAGUGCUGAUCGAACUUGGCGUGAUGUACGUGCGUGCUUGUGUGCAUAUGGUGUGAUGUGGGAUCGUAUACGUACGGAUGCUUCUGAGUCCCUGCGCAUGAAUUUCUGCUUUCGGGAAUCCAGCCAAAUGAAACGCCAAAGAGGAGGGGGCUUGGCAAUCGGACAGCGACAUUGGACCCACGCGUUUUCUGAGUUCUUCGGCCCCAAGUGGUGGGAAGGAUUCCGUGCUACGCCUGGGACCUUUGAGCAGUUCGCCGCACACGUGUGUUCACGGGAUUUGCUUGAUUGUUUCCAGAUUUGUGCUAAAGCUCCUAGUUAUCCUCGGUUUGCUGAUGAGGUCCAUAUUCAAACACAACAGGAACUUUGGGAGUAUGGAGUUGAGGAGGGAUCACAACUUGCCAAUGAUCGUCUUGCUAAACGGCUUGCUGUACACACAUCCACAUGGGAAACUACCGAGUGGGAUCUUGAAGCCUUCGGAUUCCCCAUUAGUAUCCAUGGAGAUAGUCUCUUGGUUGUAUCAUGGUGCCAGGGGUACUGGCAAGUGAUUAACAAAGAUUUCCAGAGAAAAGUUGACAGGAUAAUUAAGCGUCUGGAUGGUAUGUCUUUUAUGUUUCAUAUACGCCCAUUUGCGCCUGGACGAGAUCUGAUCGAACACUGCUUCAGGGAAUGGAAUACAAGGGCGGACGUGCUCACUCAUACUGCCCGUGAGGGCAUCGACAUAUUUCAGGAUCGUAUAGGGCAGGAACCCAAUGAGAUUUCGAGUCUUUACAGGUAUUGUGGCAUCGACUGUGGCUUCGAUGGCGGUGUGUCGACGGCUGGUGUCGGAGUCGGUUGCUGGAUUGAUGUCGGUCGUGUCUCGCGGACUUGUCGUAAGCCGAGCUCCAGAGAUAUUGUGUGGUCAGAGGUGUACAGUGCUGCUUUCUCUAUCGACAACAAUGCCACAGUUACUGAUACCGAAAUGUCGGCGAUUGAACAUAUCAUUGAUGUUCUCCCACGGGUUGUUCAUACAUUCUUUGAGUUCGAACUUUUGUGACUUGUGAUUGCGUUGUUUUCUUCAUACUUGUGUGUUCUCAUGCAUGCACGUGUGUCGAAUAAGAGCUUCGCUUGACUGUCACUUGUUCUGAAUAAGAGCUUCGCUCCCUGUCUGCCGCAUUCGCUGUGGUGGGCGGUUUGGCCCACCUGUAUGUCGCCCGUUUCUUGCUUGCGACUGGGCCAGACGGCCCGCGCAGUCGACCGCAAAGACCGCAAAAAACCAGGUUGACGUUACCGCCGGCGCCAGUCGCGCACCUCUUGAGGGGUGACUGACGUGUCCGGAUCGGCGCCAGUUCUAGCUUUUCGCCCCUGUCGUGGCAUCGCCGCUGGCGCGCUGGUGCUGCCUCCCUGUCGAGGCCUCCUGGGCGCGGCGGUGCCGCCACAUGGGGCUUGGUUGGCUGUCAGCGUGAGCCUGUUAUAUUCUUACGGGGCGGAGCACUGAGAACGGUCAUAAUAAUGCGG